AUGGCGGUCUGCUUCAAGGCCCUGUCACUGCUUCUUGCAGCACUGGCCCUGCCUGCCGCCCGUGCCCAGAGUCAAUUCUACUGGGUUGGCUGCAACACCAAUUUCAACAACAAUGACAACUGGAGUCCCGCAGCCCCCACCAUGAACUCCGCCAGCGAGACGCCGGUGCAAGUGGCGUACUUUGGUCCGGAACUUGACAACGAGGACUACACUCCCGUCAAUUCACUGGUCAAAUCUGACACCCCGUACGCUAUGAACAUGUUGGUGCUGCCGGAGAACGGCCAGCUUACCCUGGAUGCCAACAACGUCGUCAUCGAGUUUUACAAAGAGGAGGAAACCGAGGGCUCGGCCGUCUGGGUGGGCGCCCAAACGGAGACGGACAAUUGCCGCCUUGAUUGCCACAAGAACUGGGUUAAAAACUACGGUCAGCCCUCUGAGGUUGCCGCCAGGCUUCCCCCAUGCGCUUCGGGCGUCGCCGUCUUUGAUCCCGCCAACUCGUAUCACGUCAUGGCCCCGGGCGUCAACGAGCUCCGCUCCAUCGUCUGGAACAACAUUGAAACCACCGACGUCACCUCGCUGCCCCCCUUCACCUUGUCUCCCGGCAACAAGGGGGAUCACCUCCGCCUCUACUUUGACGACAACCAACACUGCAUCGAUUCCCGAGUCUAUGACCCUGACACGGCCGAGUGCUUUUGCCACACCUCCUGCCCUGCCAGCGGCGACACCUUUCUCGAGCAGGACCAAGAACUGCGCGCUCGCGCCCGUGCCGUUGCCACCACCAGCAUCGCACGCUUUGAAGCUCAGGCCGCCCACAACUUUGUCGUGUCCUUCAACCUCAACGACUUUGACAGCAGCAUCCUCGACGCCAACGCCCUUCUCACUGCCCUGCAGUGCACGGACAUCAGCCUGGACAACUCAGCCUUGACGGCCGCUCUUCAGGCAUCCUUUGCCGAUUUGCUAAGCGUCGCCACCGUGCGCGUCCUCAACAUCAACACGGAUGUGUCCAACUCAAACCGUAGCGUUGAAUUCAGCGGCACCAUCGAGGCCCCCACUUGGUUCUUCAACAAGCCCAGCUCGGCCACCGAGCUCGCUGAUGUGUGGACCUCGGGAUACAACGUGGCCUUUACCAACCCUCCCACCACUUCGCGCGACGAUCGCUUGGCUCUGGCCAUCUGGAUGCCCUUGACUGCCACUCUGCGCGAUUGCCCGCUAAACGCCGCGUCCGCCACCUACAACAGCGCCCGCACGGCGUGCGACAACGCUUACAACCGCUUCUGCUCCCACAUGGCCUCAGUGGUGGACGUCAGCACGGUUGACGCCCCAACCCUGCUCACCCAGCUCAACGCUGCCUAUGAAGCGUUUUCAAGCAGCGGCAGUGCUGGCACUUUUGCUCUCAACGCCAGUCACUACCAGCCAGCAGACAACCACACGGAGGCUGAGGUCCAGGCAGCGCUGGCCGAUCUCAGUCGCACCUUCCCCGCCUACUACAACCGAGCUCCCAACAGUUUGUCAGCCACCGCCUUUAUCGAAGCGCUGCAUCAGACCCUGCCCGCAGCCGAGGCACUCUUUGACAACUGGUAUCCCAACACUUGGACCUUUGACACUUUUACCCUCGACUUGGUCCUCGGUCAGGCCUUGCCCCAGGCUGACAUCCGACGCAUGCUCAACGAGCGCAAUAAGGGGAGCCUCACCGCACGAAUUUCAAGCACCCUCACCAACAUGCUGCCCAUCAUGGGCAUUGACUCGCUGCAGCUCAGCUUGAUUCGGGAAGACACGUGGCUCGCGGAGCAGUCGCGCCGUCGCCGUGACUUUACCGGAGCCGGACAGGCCGUGGACGUCAUUCGUGCCGUUCUCACCUACGAGGGCCUUCGCAUGGCCGACUGUACGGGCGUCACGGAUGGGUUUGCCUGCCCGAAUGCGAUGCUUUUGGGCUCGGACAUGUUUACCUUUUUGGGUGACAUGGCCGACGACGCCGUCUCAACUUUUACCAUUCAAACUGCAUCCUGCUAUGACGUUGACGACGGCAUCGACCAGGCUUGCCUCCUGGCUACCGUCAACAGCGUCAUUGCCGACAUGAUCGCCGCCGAUAGCAGCACAUCGCGUUCCGCGCUUGAGGCUGCCGCGACAAGCGCCGCUUGGACGGUGAUUGAGUGUGUGACCGGUGACUGCAGCUUGGACGAAGCCAGCACCCACCCCGCCAACGCUGCCAUUGCCGCAGCCUUGGCUGCGGCUGACUACUCUGGUUCCACGAAUGGCGCCGGCAACGGCAACGGCAACGAUAAUGGCAACGGCAACGGCAACAACAACGGCGAUGAAGAUGACGACGAGGGUACAUCCAGCCAAGCGGGCUCGGCCUCAUCGGGGUCGUCAGCGGGUGGCUCCAUGGGCAUCAUCAUCGGCAUUGCAGCUGGUGCAGUUGUGCUGGUCUUGGUCGUGGUGUUCCUCCUGGUUCGUUCGCGUCGCAACAACCGCGCCGCGCCCGAGAUGGCCAAGCCAGCCCACUUGCGCUCAGUGGUUAGCUUUGAGAACCCAAUUUACGACUCCCCCGAGGGUCCCGAGGCGAGCUACGGCGAACUGCUUCAUGAUUCAGGCGAGGAUCAGGGCUUGUAUGACGAACCAGCCAUUGCAACCAAGCGCAAGAAUAACCCCGUCUAUCGUUCCAACGAUAUGUUGGAUGAGGCAGGCAAAGAGGAUCCAUACAGCAACGGCGUGGCUGCAGCCAACUUCCUGGAAGUCGACGAUGAUGACUUUGAUGGCGACGACGACACUGGCGGUGGUUACCUUGAUGUGCAUGGCGAUGAUGAUCCGGGCAUGCAGCAGAUGCUGGAUGCCUUUGAUGGCGAAGACGACGCCUUUGAUGGUGGGGAUGAUGCGUUUGACGGCCAAGACGAAGGCGACGAAGGCCCCGAGUACGAGGGUUUGGAUGACAUGCCCCAGACAGGUGCCGACAUUGCCUAUGACACUGUUAAAAUGCGCAAGCCCGACAACGAUCUCGAUGCUUUUGCCGCCAUGGAUGAGGAUGAUGCAUUUGACGAAGGCGACGACUCGGGUGAUGACAACGGUUAUCUCAACGUCAAUGCCGAAGGUGAAGAGGGCGAGGAUGAUCUCGAUGCCUUUGACGAGGAUGAACUUGCCGAUGAGUAG